GAGGAGGAGGAGGCGCUGAGAAAAGUCAUGUCUCAAUCCAAGUGCCUUCAUGAUGCCCAGCCAGCACUGGGAUGGGAUGGGAGGGCUUGGCCAGCCCCCACGGACAACACUGGGCAGAGCUCAGGGUCUCCAUCCCCACCCCAAGGGUCCCAUCCCCACUCUGAGGGUCCCAUCCCCACCCUGAGGGUCCCUGUCCCCAACACAGGAGUCCCACCCCUACCCUGGAGGUUUCUGUCUCCACUCCGAGGGUCCCUGUCCCCACCCCAGGGAUCCGUGUCCCCAUCCUGGGGAUGUCCCGUCUCCUCCCUGGGAGUCCCUGUCCCCACCCCAGGGAUCCAUGUCCCCACCGUGGGGAUGUCCUGUCCCCUCCCAGGGAGUCCCUGUCCCCACCCUGGGAGAUCCCCAUCCUCACCCCAGGGGUACCAUCCCCAUCCCUGGAGGUUUCUGUCCCUACCCCAGGGGUCCCUGUCCCCAUCUCUGGGGGUCCCAUCCCCACCAUGGAGGUCCCUGUGCCCGCCCUGGGAGUCCCUGCCCCGGGAAUCCCACUGCAGCAGUCAGAUCAGUGCCUUCACCCAGACCCCACCUCACACCACCAGUGCCUCCGGGGUGUGCCCCCCACUCCCAGUUUGCCCAUUAGGUACUUGCUGGGUCCGUCCCCGCCCCAGAGGUCUCUGUUGCCCUCGGGGGCAGUGGGGCUGGCACCCAGGUCCCCCCGUGGGUGCUCAGCCCCCAACCUCACCAAGUGCCCUUCCAGGGGGGUCCCUAGGGUGGGGGUCCCCCAACCAUGCCUUCCCCGCUGGGGUGACCCCUCCAGACUCUCCCUGCCCCCAGGGGGGUGGUGGGCAAUUUCACCCCCACACCCCCCCUCCCCUCACUCCGGCUGAGAUGAAGGAUGGGCCGGCCCCCCCAGCAGCCCCCCAAAAUCCCCUGACUGUUUGUUACUGGGGUGUUCGGUGUGAACUUCCCCCCACUAAACCCCUGUCUUGUCGUGCCCUGUGUUUGGUGGUUUUUGGUAAAUCUGGACUGAUUUUUGUUAUGUUUCAUGCAGUGGGUGUGGUGGAGCUCUCCACAUGGCAAGGGGGGGUCUGGGAAGGGGGGCAGGAUUGAGGAACUGGGUCCCAGUGUGAUCUGGGACCCCGAAGCUGGCUGUACCGGUCCCAGCACAGUCAGGGAUGCUCCAGGCUGGCCAUACUGGUCCCAGCAUAAUGGGGAGCUCCCAGACUGUCUGUACUGGUCCCUGCAAGUGGGGACCAGGUCCCUUCUCCUCUUCUUGCCCACCUUGGGUACCCCAGACUGCCUGCCCAACUCCCUGGUGUGCUCCUUGCCACCAUCCCAGAGCCCCUAGGACCUCCCCCAUUACCACCCCCAAAGGGCCCCAGGAGGCCAGAGGGGCUGUGUGGGGCAUCCCUCUCCUCACCCCACUUCAGGGGCUUCCCAUGUGGUGCUCCCUCAGCUCCCUACAGCUCCUUGAGGUCUUUGGGAGGGGGGCACCCAAAAUAAUCCCUAAGGUGCUGGGGGUCUGUGGCAUCACCUAAGGGGCUAUGGCAGGUUUUGGAUAGCUCAGGGAUGGGGGCCAUGCAGCCCCCCACCCCUGCAGCCCUUGUGGGGGGUGCAGCGAGGGCUGGGGGCCAGCAGCAGCAUCAAUAAAUUAAGUUUUAUUUGGA